AUGGAUGAAGACAAUGACAGCGCAUGCUUUAACAGCUCUCUGAUGGACAUGGACUACUUCAGCAACCUGGAGGACAUUGACGUGACAGCAGACGGGAGUCCGGUUCUGAGAUUCCUGAUCUGCCUGGUUUAUUCUGUGGUCUGUGCUGCAGGUCUGGUAGGAAACCUACUCGUCCUCUUCUUCAUCAGAGUCAAACACGAGAGGAGGAAGUCCAGAGUAAACUUUUUCGUGUUAAACUUGGCUGUGACGGACCUCCAGUUUGUGCUCACGUUGCCCUUCUGGGCCGUGGACACCGCGCUGGACUUCAGCUGGCCGUUUGGCGACGCCAUGUGCAGAAUCAUCCUCUCGGUCACAGUGAUGAACAUGUACGCGAGUGUGUUUUUCCUCACUGCAAUGAGUGUGACUCGCUAUUGGUCUUUAGCCUCUGCCCUGAAGAAUAGGACAGGCCACCACUGCUGCUCUGCAAAACUGACCUGCGUGAUUAUUUGGACACUGGCGACUGUGGCGACUGCGCCAACGACUAUUUUCUCCACCGUGAGCAAUGUGACCGGAGAAAAACUCUGCCUUCUGAGGUUUCCCGGGGGACAGUACUGGCUCGCAGUUUAUCACAUCCAAAAAAUACUUGUAGGUUUUGUUUUGCCAAUGUCAAUUGUGUCCAUCAGCUACUUAAUGCUGCUGCGCUUCGUCCGCAACCGGAGCAUGAAAACAAGCAACCCCAAACGGAGAUCUCAAGUCACCAAAUCCAUCACGAUUGUCGUGCUGUCCUUCUUCCUGUGCUGGAUGCCAAACCAAGCCAUCACUCUUUGGAGUGUCCUGGUCAAACUGAACGUAGCUAAUUGGGACAGCGCCUACUACAUAGUGCACACCUAUGUAUUUCCACUCACCGUCUGUCUGGCGCACACCAACAGCUGCCUAAACCCGAUUAUUUACUCUUUGAUGAGGAAGGAAUUCAGGAACAAACUCAAGGGUCUCGUCCACAGAGGAUAA